AUGAACUCAAUAGACCUCUUAAAAUUACUUCGGGAUAAGGGGCUUUCGUUGCAAGAAAGAACUGCGGAUGGUAAAACAGCUCUACACUUUAUUCCUCAAGAUGUAGAUCCGACUGUUGUGCGGUUUCUGAUUGAUAACGACGUGAACCCCAAUAUAACUACCAACGACGGCGAAAUCCCACUUCAUAGGUAAGUGAUAACGAAGAAUAUAUUUUCUGGUCCUUAUAAGUAGUUGGCAGAAUUCGCGGUGUCGCCUAUUUGACGUUCUCUCAAUUCUUCGGUCUUUGAGGGAAUUAGGUACUGAUUAUAUACAGGCUUCUUCGUGAUGAGAUUUCUAGCGAUCUGGAAGUGACUGAAUUACUGGCAACUGAGGAAGCAAUAUCCUUGCCGAACAAAGAUGGCAACAUGCCAGUGUAUUACGCCUUAGCGCCUUCUGUCACGACAGAAAAGGAAUGGCGGCAUACGAGAACAAAUUUUGUGCAAUUGCUGAAACGUAGAGAAGCCACUUUUACUACAUGCAACACAAGUGGCGAGUCAUCUCUACGAGUCCUACUUAGAGCGUACCCUCCACCAAUCACAUCUUUAGAUUCCUUCGAGACGAUCCUAAUCUGUAUUGUUGAAAGCACAACAAAUGUUGAAUCAUUGAAUGAGCUACAACAUUGGUACAACAACCCCAGCGACAACUUGCAGCCUCUAAUUUAUAUAGCAAUCGCGGAUAAAUGUAGCAUAGUUACUGCAUUAUUGCUGUCGAAGGACGUUGAUGUGGAUGUGGUCACAGAACCAAACAAAUGGUCCCCUGUUUUUCUUGCGAGCUACGAAGGAAUAGGAAUCGAUUUGUACCAAAAGAUACUGGCAAAAUCCAAGAAAAUCAACUCUUGCAACUCAGGGGGGUUUUAUCUUCCCCAUGUCGUAUGCAUGCAGGAAUCUUCGGCUACAAAGCUUCAUCUCAAAGCGCUUCGGGACUUGGGCGUAGACAUCGAUGUUCCGACGUCAAACACUCGAAAGAUGACUCCGUUGAUGCUGGAAUCUCAAAAUGGAAAAUCGCACCUUGUUAAAUGGCUGCUUGGCGAAAGUGUUGAUUACUGUGUGAAGGAUGACAAUGGCUGCCUGGUGGUACACUACGCAUGUCUUGGCUCAGGAUACCCUGUCCUACUGGAAUUCGAGGGGUUGAGCAUUGAAUGGGGAAGCAUAGGAAGUACGUUCCACAAUAAUGUAAGCAUCGACGGUUGCAAUGUGCUUCAUUUGGCUGCUUGUAACGUGCCAAUUUGCUUGCAAAUUGUUCUGAAAAAAGGGUUCUGGGAAGACAUAAAUUCCUUCAGUGACAAUGGCGAGUCCGCCCUGCAUCUUGCGGCUAGGUUUGAUAGAUAUAUCAAUGUGGAGCAAUUGUUAGCCGCGGGGGCUAACAUCGAAGUUGUUUCAUUGUCUGGUUUGCGCCCAAUUCAUACAGCAGCCAAAUUUGGGCAUCCCAAGACUGUUGAGACGCUAUUGAACCAUCAUUGCGGAUUGGGUGCCGACUCAAAUGGGCUGACACUUGAGAUGCAUGCGCUAAGUCGAGGACACAUCAAAAUCGCCAGGAUCAUAGGGAAGAAGCGAAUAGAAAGUAAGCAUAGUCAUUUCCCUUAUUGUUGCGGUUUACCGUGAUGAGAAAGAGUUCAAGAGAAUCGGGGGUUUUGAACCUACUUUGAUGAGACAAGACUGAUUAAGAACCCUACAGAAGACGAAGCCUCUGAUGGCGCUGAGACUGGGCUACCCCAAAGGCCUGAUAGCGAUGCGUUCAGUAGUUCUUUGUCAAAGUCUCUUGAGAGUGCCAUAAGAAGAGGCGAUUUAGACUCAUGCAAAAGUAUCGUCAAGGCAGGUGUUGAUUUGAAUAGGCGAUUUCGAAUUUGCAAAGGAUGCAGCCCUGUCUUUACGUCUCUUGUUUCAGGGCAAUACGGCAUUGCCCGCUAUCUAAUCAAAGAAGGACCGACGACUCUGGGCCAAGCUUACAGUAGCUAUUCCAGCAGUCUGGAUGAACCGUGGUGGUGGGUUGGUCACUCCGCAGUGCACCUUGCUUGCCGCGAGGACUCGCCACAGGAUAUCUUAUCGCUGCUUCUGGGGGAGGAUCGAAAACCCGGUUUCCUUGCCUUUCGGGCUCCCGUUAGUCCCUUGCAUGUUGCAGUAGCGUGUGAAAACUUGGAAGCAGCCAAGCUUAUACUCAAGCAACAGUUGAACGAAGAUACUCCAUCGAACUUGUGCCUAGAUCAAGCAAAGCACAAGCAACCCUUUUCUCGGAUCUUAAAAGAGCCCCAGUUGCAUCCUCUUCACCAAGCACAAAUUGGUCCAUCAAUGAUAGAUUUUUGUAUUGACCCACGCAAACUCCAAUGGGACUGGGUGCUUUCUGGUCGCCCAGACAAGUUCAUCACUACCUUGAAAGCUUUCGGGACAGCCUUGCACUUGGCUGUGUUUGUCGGAAGCUAUGAUAUUACCAAGAUUCUUCUGGAACACGGUGCGAAAGCAAAUUCCGCAGACUAUAACUUUCAGACGCCUUUGCACCUUGCUGCAAAGUUUGGAUUGCUGAAUACUUUCGAACUUCUUCUUCAAUAUGGAUCCAAUCCGUUCGCGAGCACACGCAGCGGAAAAACUGCACUUGCCAUGGCACUAGAGAGCAAAGCACCCCUCUCGUUUAAUAUUGUGUCUUCCUUUGACUCGAGUAGCCUGCGGUACCUUUUCCCAACUGGGUGCAACCUCCUUCAUGUAGCAAUAUCCAGUCCAAGCAAGUUUUUAUACUUGUUUGAUCAAGGACUUGAUCCGUAUGACACACCUAGCAUCAGUAUGCCGAAUCCAAUUGAGAGGGCUCUGAUUGAAGGUCAAAUGGAAAACCGUGCUCAAUUCCUAUCCUUGCUAUGCAAUUUGCGGUUCGAUUUUGGCCGCUGCAAAAUGAUAUUACGUCAUGACGCUUUCAUUCAAUUUCCAAUCAAUAAGCUUAACCUACUGGCCAAAUGUCUACCGGGCUACAUGAUUGCAAUUGAUAAAGAAUAUGAUAGGAAAACAUGGGAUGGUGCACGAGAACACCCGCUUUGUAUUGCAAGUAGAAAUGGUCGAGUCGAUCUUCUGGAACUUUGGAUCGAGGCAGGAGCAGACUUGGAGCUCAGAGGGGAUUUUCAUGGCACGCCUCUGAUUUCAGCAUGUGUAAGUGGCCGGCUGGAUUCUGUUAAAUAUCUUGUGAGAGCUGGUGCAAAGGUUUCAUUCAUGCGUGAUGGAAAACUCUACAACGCGUUGGAAUCCGCAAGACACUUUGAGGACAUUGUUCAUUGGUUGCUGGUCGAACGUUUUACGGAUCAGCUGAAAAUCGAAUUUAGUCAUCGGACAGUUUCAGACACGGAAUUCAAGGAUUGGUCCGGGGUCAAGGCUGCUGAGGUGGUUGUCGAUGGUUGGUAUGCACCGUCGUAUGGAAUUUCUUCUCUGGGACGUCUAAAAGAACUUUCCGAACUGAGACGAGAACUUCUCGGGCAAGUUGUGGAAAUUCUUGGGUUUGAGGAACAACCAAUUUCGAACUCCGAGUCAAUCCCUUUCGCCAAUCUCAGAGAAACUAAAUGUCGAUGA